AAUGUAGAAGUUGAAGUGGGUCGUUGGCGAAUGUCAAGAGGGCGUCAGGUUUUACCAGAAUAUAUAUUAGGUUAUAAAUUACGUGAAACCGUUAUUUUGGCACCGAAAUCGUCCAGCAUAACUGAUCUUCGCGCCGCGUUCACCGGAAAACCCGUGGACCGUGCCGCAGCCGCUGUCGAAAUGGAAUUGCAAAAUAUGAUGGGGCGGAUAGUUGUAGAUAUAAAAGCUAUCGCCGGAUUUGCGCGUAUUGCGGCUGGUGAUGUAUUUGAAGUGACUGUGAGGCACGGAAAUCAAAAAUGGCGAACAAGAGGCAGGACACAAGCGGAUCGCACGCAGAAAUGGGACAGAUCGCAAGCAAUUUUAGCUUGUCAGCCAGAUGCUAGCAUUGAAGUGAAGGUUGCUGAAGUCCGAAUGUUCAAGACCAAAGUGCUUUCCGAGAGAUCAUUCGAACCUUGCGAACUGUUCUCAUCUGAGCCUCAACUCGUCACCAUGAACCUCAACCAGAUUGGAACCAUAAAACUGCAGCUAGUGGUUACUUGGAUGUGA